AGCGAGCUGCGAGCGAUGCGGCAGCAGCUCAAAGAGCUCGACCUGGCCGCCCCAGCUGCUCUAAGCCCCGAGGAGCAGCAGCGUGUGUUCCUGGAGGUGCGGGGUGAGCUGCGCGCGGAGGCUGGCUUCAAAUCCCUGUUGGAGGCCACCCCCGGCAUCACCGCCGGCACCAGCUGGCCCCUCGUCAAGCGCAAGAUGUGGACGGACCCGCGGUUUGAGGCGGUGCCGGAGCCGCGGCGCGUGGCGCUGUUCCGCGAGUUCAAGGCGCUGCUGAGCGAGGUGGAGGCCUACCAGCGCUCACAAGCCUCCAAGAAGGCCGAGGCCGACCGCGCAGCCGCAGAGACCGAGGCCAAGCGUGCCGCCGCCGAAGCCAAGGCCAAGAAGGACAAUCUUGGAGGCCUGCAGGAUGAGCAGGCGCGGCUGAAAGCAGAGUACGACCGCAUGGAGGCGAAGCUGCGCGACAUGGAGGCGCGGCUGAAGCUGAAGGAGGCCUCGCUCUUUGAGGCCGGGGGCGUCGCUGCGACAGCCGCGCGCGACCGCGAGGGCAAUGUGGUCUUCCGAUUUGACGAGCAGAAGGAGGAGCCUUCCCUCAAUGGCAGUGGGCUGCCCAAGCACUGAAGCUGAACCUGGCAGGGGGCCGCACACCCUGGAUCCUGCUGCUGACAUCAACAGCAACUUGCAUUUGUAUUUUUCAAGUCCAAGAAUGCUUUGGCGAGGCACAUGGACAUGCAGAUGACAGGGGCAAGUACAGUAUG